AGUCAGUGGUUAGCAUCGCAUAAGUAAUGCAUUAGAAUAAAUGAAUGUGAAGUGUUUCAAAUUGAUUAUGGGAUGCUGAUAUCCCAUAAUCAAUUUUGAACACAAACCUUCGACCUAGUUGCAAAUGAAGUUAAACAUAAGGUUAACGAAGUCAUAAUCAUAACUAUAGCAAAUAAUACCACCAACACAAACACAACACUUAAAGACACUUGUUCAAACAUUACAGCACAACGACCAUGCAACACUCCACAAAAUCGAUUUCAGUCGACGCUCAAUUCCCACAACAAUGUCCUUUACAAAGUUACUCUUAACCCUUCUUCUGCUAGCGUCAGCGCGAUGCCAAGUGAUAUCGCCUGUUCACAGUGACAUGAACUUUAGGGUUGAGCCGGGCGCUCGGACGUGCUUCUUCGAGCGCGCGCGCGCCGGCCAGACCCUCGAGGCGCAGUACCAGGUGCUGGACGGACAGCACGGCGACCUCGACAUCUCCUUCGACAUCAUCGACCCAAGCGGCUCCAAGAUCCUCUCCGACUACAAGAAGCCGCAGAACGCCAUCAUCAUGGACUUGACUGAGGACGGAGACUACGCUUUCUGCAUGGACAAUACUUAUAGCCGCAUGAACUCGAAGCUCGUCUUUGUGUAUGUGCUGCUAGAGGAUAAAAUCGAAGAGUCUACUGAAGCUAUUGUCGAGGAGGACCAGAACGAAGAGGUUUUAGAGUGGAUGGGAGUGGACGAGAACGGCGAGCAGUACUUCGUGGAGAUAAGACACAUCGCGGCGUCGAUGUCUCGCACGCUGGCGCAGGUGGUGCGAGCGAGGCACAUGAUGGACCAGUACGCGGCCACCAAGACCCGAGACAGCUACCUCGCGUUUGAAGAGACGUUUGUAGUCGACGCGUGGUCCGCGCUGCAGAUCUGCUGUAUGGUUCUAGUUGGUGCUGUGCAAGUUUACAUGAUCAAGAAGCUGUUUAAUAAGCCCUCUGAAGAUUUGAAGAGCUAUUAUUGAUACGUUUUGUAACUGAAUAAAGAUUUGUAAGUACUGAA